UCUCUCCCCCAAAGUUUUCCCCUUCCCCUACUCUUUAAAAACAUCCACCAUUCACCACCCAGCUUUUCUAACCAAAGUGCUCUUCUCCUCCAUCACCUGAGAUCCAGUACAACCGUAACCAAAGUUCAAAUUUCAAGAGAGACACAGAAAAACACAACAAUGUUUUUUCUACAGGAAGAUGGAGUGAACCAGGAAACCAAAUGGGAAGGCUACGCCGAUUGGAGGAACCGGCCAGCUUUGAAGGGCAUACAUGGUGGCGUUUUUGCUGCAUCUUUUGUGUUGGUUGUGGAAGUGCUGGAGAAUUUGGCUUACUUGGCGAAUGCCAGCAACCUGGUGAUGUAUCUGUCCAAGUACAUGCACUUAUCACCAUCUAAAUCGGCCAACAAUGUCACAAAUUUCAUGGGGACAGCUUUCCUUCUAGCUCUGCUCGGAGGCUUCUUGUCUGAUACUUUCAUCACCACGUAUCAUAUCUACUUGAUAAGCGCAUUCAUCGAGUUUCUGGGUUUGAUCAUUCUUACUAUACAAGCUCGGACACCGUCCCUAAAGCCACCCUCAUGCCGUCCAUCAGCAUCGUCGAUUCCAUGCGAGGAAGUUAGUGGAGCCAAAGCGGGUAUGUUGUUCAUAGGACUCUAUCUGGUGGCACUCGGCAUUGGGGGUAUAAAGGGUUCACUGCCAACGCAUGGUGCCGAGCAGUUUGAUGAGACUACCCCAAAGGGACGGAAGCAAAGAUCAACCUUCUUCAAUUACUUCGUCUUCAGUCUCUCUUUUGGUGCCCUUAUUGCGGUCACAUUCGUUGUGUGGAUCGAAGAUAACAAAGGCUGGGAAUGGGGUUUCGCCAUCUCCACGAUCUCGAUCUUAUUAUCGAUCCCUAUCUUCCUCGCCGGCUCAAUGUUUUAUAGGAACAAAAUACCCUUUGGAAGCCCUUUAACAACCAUUUGCAAGGUUUUGGUUGCUGCCAAGAUGAACAGUUGCGUAAGCCGAAGCCCGAGCAAUGUCAUCGUGAACCUUGCCGCGAGCCCCUCGUAUCAAAUCGAAACCGGCAAGGGGACUGAAGAAAAUGGUAAACAGAAUCAAAUCCCAACAAAUAGUCUUAAAUUCUUAAACAGAGCAGUGGUGAACAGCCCGGCUUGCCCGGCACUCGAAUGCUCGGUCCAGCAAGUAGAGGAAGUAAAGAUUGUGCUUAAAAUCCUUCCCAUAUUCGCUUGCACCAUUGUUCUCAACUGCUGCUUGGCUCAGCUCUCCACUUUCUCUGUCGAACAAGCCGCCACCAUGAACACUAAGCUCGGUUCAUUGAAAAUCCCGCCGGCUUCCCUACCGGUUUUCCCGGUCGUAUUCAUCAUGAUCCUAGCCCCGGUUUACGAUCACUUCAUCAUCCCAUUCGCUCGGAGGUUAACGAAAACUGAGACCGGCAUCUCUCAAUUGCAACGAAUUGGAAUCGGGUUAUUUCUUUCGACAAUAGCCAUGGCAGUGGCAGCACUUAUCGAAAUCAAGCGAAAGAGAGUGGCGAUUAGCUCGGGGCUACUCGACUCGAACAGUCCAUUACCCAUUACAUUUUUCUGGAUUGCUUUGCAGUAUUUGUUUCUGGGAUCGGCAGAUCUUUUCACCUUGGCAGGCUUACUUGAAUUUUUCUUCACCGAGACGCCAUCAAGCAUGAGAUCCUUGGCGACAUCUCUCUGCUGGGCUUCUUUGGCCAUGGGCUAUUAUUUGAGCUCGGUGAUCGUAUCGAUAGUAAACAAUGUGACGGAAAGCUCCGGAAACAAGCCGUGGCUCUCUGGUCAUACGAUAAAUGGGUAUCGUCUCGAUCGAUUCUACUGGCUUAUGUGUGUGCUUAGCGUGUUGAAUUUCAUGCAUUACCUUUUCUGGGCCAUGCGCUACAAAUACAUAUCAGUAGGAUCUUACAAGUGAAACGAAACAACCAGUGGCAAAGCUUGAGUUCUUUGAAAAAAAGCCUACUCUGAAGCAUCAAGUGUUUGGGUAAUUCGAGUAAAUGGCUGGAUGAACUCAGUGAAAUUCAUAAACUCAGCUCGGGCCAUUGACAUAAAACCCAAACUCAGUGCUCAUCCGAUGUUGUUGAUAAGCUUGUAAAUAGGCAACUAUGUCAAAACUGAGGGCCCGUUGUUGCUCUUUGUUUAACCCAUGUCUUUUAAUUU